AAUGUUUAUCAUGCCUCAUUACAUAUUUGUUCAUAUACCAAGCAAACCAAACCAAACGAUUAAAACAGGAAGUUUAAUAUUGUGAGUGUCUCUACAAAUUAAGCCAUCAUUAGCUACCAAAAUGGAGUGUUGGGCUUUGAGUAAGCGUAACUCAUGGUUAUAUUUAUCGUCGAUGAUACAUAUUCUUAUGAUCUGGAAAGCACAAGGGGAUUGUAUAGAAGAGGAGAGAAAGGCACUACUUGACAUCAAAGCCUCCCAUAUCAACUUAUAUGAUUCCAAAAUGGAUCAUUUUCUUCCCACCUGGGUUGAUUAUGGCAGCAGUACCCCUGAUGAUGGUGGCGGCAACUGUUGUGAUUGGCAGAGGGUCAACUGCAACACAACCACUGGACAUGUCACAGAGCUUUCUUUGUUCAAUUUGAGAGAGAGAGACGUUUACAGGGAUCAAUUCGAGAGAAAGUUGUGGCCAUUGAAUGUUUCCUUGUUUCUUCAUUUUAAAGAGUUGACAAGUCUCAAUUUGUCAUAUAAUUUUCUUGAUAAAGAAAUUAUAAAGACAGAGUUUGCAGCUUUAGAGAACUUGGAGAUGUUGGAUCUAAGCAAUUGUCAAUUCAAUGGUACCUUCGAGAUUCAAGGUUCUGAAAGGGUUUCCAUAUUGACGAAGUUGAAAACUUUAAAUCUUGGGUCCAGCAGACGCUUUAAUCUUUUCGACAAUCAAUUAUCAUGGCCAUUUCCUGCUCAAGCAUUAUCACAUCUGACUAACCUCGAGGAGCUAGAUUUAAGCUAUAGAAGGCUCGUGGGCACACCCAAUAUCCAAGCUUGUAAUAGCUUAUCGAGAUUGAAAAGGCUGGAGAGUAUAAAUCUUUCUGGCAACGAUUUCAACAAGAGUAUCAUAUCAUGCCUAACUGCUCUUCCAUCCCUCAAGAUUCUUGAUCUUUCCUGGUCUAUUACUUCAUUGCGAAGUUCAUUUCCCGUCAAAGAAUUUGUCAAAUUGCCUGAUUUGGAAGUCCUCCUCUUGAUAGGAAAUAGUUUCAAUGGAACACUACCAAUGGAAGCUUUUGCAUCUUUUCACCAUCUGGAGGUCUUAGAUUUGAGUGGCAACAGGUUUGUUGGGAGCGUCCCAUCAGCAAUACAGGCAUUAUCUUCCCUAAGAGCUGUCUCAUUUGCUCGCAAUAAGCUCAACGGCUCAGUACAGGAUCAUGGUUUCUCUAAGUUGAAGAACCUCCAUGAGUUGGAUCUUAGUGGCAACAUGCUUCAUGGAACUCUGCCUCAAUAUUUCAACAAUCUAUCAUCUCUGAGGUUCCUGGAUAUCUCUUCAAAUCAAUUCACAGGGACACUUGUGCCAUCACUCUUUGCUAAUCUCACAUCUCUCGAGUACGUUGAUUUUAGUCAUAACACAUUUGAAGGUUCAUUCUCGUUCAGCUCCUUCUCCAAUCAUUCAAAGCUUGAGGUAAUUCGAUUUUCAAGCGACAAUGACAAAUUUGAGGUGGAAACAGAAGAGCCUAUAGGCUGGAUUCCAUUGUUCCAGUUGGAAAUUCUUGAGCUAUCAAAUUGCUAUAUGAACAAGACCAAAGGACGUGUUAUUCCUGGGUUUCUACUUCACCAGCACAAGUUACGGGAACUAGACAUGUCUCACAACUCCUUGGAGGGACAAUUUCCAAAUUGGUUGAUUAAAAAUAAUAUGAAUCUGGAAGUUCUUAUUCUAAGGAACAACUUGUUUGGCGGUAUGCCGCUGUAUAGGAAUGCUAAUAUGAAGUGGUUGGAUAUGUCUGGAAAUCGCAUGAUAGGUACUAUUCCUGACAAUAUACCAAACUUCUUUCCCAACAUAAGUAAUUUGAAUUUUUCCAUGAAUGCUUUAAGUGGUGUUAUCCCAUCCUCAAUUGGUAACUUUAGUAAAUUAUCGGCACUGGAUUUAUCUGAUAAUAAGUUAUCAGGAGAAGUACCAAACGGAUUGUUUACAAAAAAGUCUAGUUUGAUGAUCUUAAAACUAUCAAGGAACAAAUUGCACGGCCAGGUACUCUCAGGAAACUUAAGCUGGGGUAUCCUCAAUUCGGUUUACUUAGAUAGCAACCAUUUCACAGGGAAAAUUGGAAAUAAGAGCAGCAAGGAAAACUUUGACUCUCUGAUGAGUCUGGAUAUUAGCAAUAACUUGUUUACAGGUAUGAUCCCAGAUUGGAUAAGCAACAUGAGUAGGUUGAUUGAACUUGUGGUGAGAAAUAACAGUUUGGAAGGCAGGUUUCCUUGUGGACCAACUUUAUUCACUUUUCUGGAUAUCUCACAAAAUUCUUUCUCUGGGCCCAUCCCAUCCUGUUUAAACUUGCACAAUAUGAUGCAUCUUCAUUUGGGUUCCAACAGAUUCACCGGAUCAAUACCCAAUUUCUUUCGUAAUUUGACUAAUGUUUUGACUUUAGACAUCGGAGACAACGACUUGUCAGGUAGGAUUCCUAAAUUUAUUGGCGAACUAUCCGAUUUAAGGAUUCUUCUUUUGAGAAAAAAUAACUUUAGCGGUUCUAUUCCCAAGCAGUUGUGCCAAUUAAGUGACGUGAGUUUGUUAGAUUUAUCAUAUAACUCUCUUUCCGGUUCAAUACCUAGCUGCCUACAGAAUAUCACCGGGACUGGCACAGGUUACUUUGAUUUCUUAAAAACAACCCUACUACAGAUUAUCCUUUCUUCCUCUUACCAUUAUGGGAGUAUUCUGCAGGAUUCGGAUUCUACCAAUGUCGGUGUUAGAUCAUUUAGAACACAAGUCGAAGUUGAGUUUACAACAAAAAAGCUCCUUCUCCACUACAAGGGUGACAUCCUUAAUUACAUGACCGGAUUGGAUUUAUCCAGUAACAAACUUACAGGUGAAAUUCCAGAAGAACUAGGGUUGUUGACUCAACUUCGUGCUUUAAACCUGUCUCACAAUCACCUGACUGGACCUAUUCCAGUGAACUUCUCAAAUCUUGCAAAUAUUGAGAGCUUGGACCUUUCUUCAAAUGGUUUGACUGGCACAGUUCCAUCACAACUCAUUAAGCUUUCCUCUCUAUCUACUUUCAAUGUUUCUCACAACAAUCUCUCAGGCAGACUCCCAGAAAUGAAAGCACAGUUUGGUACCUUCACAGAGGCAAGCUAUGAAGAGAAUCCACUUCUUUGUGGCCCACCACUGGAGAAGAAAUGCAUGACUACUAAUUCACAGGUAAUAGAUCCACGAGUUGAAGAAGACAAUGAGAAAUGGUAUGGUAUCGAUAUGACAUGCUUUUAUGCAAGUUCUGGUUCGACAUGUUUUGUGUUCUUAUUGGGAUUUGUUGCACUUCUUUACAUCAAUCCUCAGUGGCGUACAUGGUGGCUACACUGGGUUGAAGUUUGUAUGUUUACAUGUUAUUACUUUUUUUAUAAUUCGGUAAACAAGUUCUCCAUGCCCUUCUGUAAAUAG